UCAUGAAACAACGCGACCGAAUUUCAAACUGGAUCCGUCAUGUUGUUGAAGGAAGCGUGUUUUAACGUUUUGCUCGUUAGCUACGAACAGACAGCGUUAGUAGUAAGUUAGCAGCGCACAUGCUGGACGUUUUUACUAAAAACUAACUCAGUAACAUGUAGCUAGCCGUUAGCAACUGCUACCUUUUUUAACAAGUUGAAAUGGCUGAAACUUCAACACGGAGAGGCUUUUUGGACUUCAGUCCGGUAAAGAGAGAGGACGCCAACAAGGAGAACGAUGUUCCAGUUUUGGUUUUGACCCUUUUUUCAAAGGCUCCUUUUGUGGCAUUUGGGACAGUGAAGUUGGGAACCUCCAAGUCUGUUAUUCUGCGUAUUGAGAACCCCACAGAGGAUGCAGAAGCGGAGGUUAUUGUGGAAAAAAUCCCUUCAAGUAAAGGGUUUUCUGUGGACCACAGCUCGUUCAUGAUACAGCCUGAAGACUCAUUCACGCUGAACGUAACCUGGACUCCGACAGAAGAAGGUGGAAUCAGAGAGCUCAUCGUCUUUAAAGCCAAUGGAGUCCUGAAACACCAGGCUGUGCUGCUGGGGAGGGCAGAGGCCCCUAAAAAGAAAAAGAAAAGCUUAUGGGACACAAUCAAAAACAAGAGGGAGGGUGAAAAUGUGGUAGCACCCAGGAGAAAGAAAACCGAACCGCCGCUGAAGAUGGCGGCCAAUAAAACCUUCCAAGUGUCCCGAAAGCCCCAGUACAGACGGGAGAAGCCCCGCAGCCCGCUGGCUUCUCUCAACGACGGCAAAGCUGCCAGAGAGAGGUCGCUCUCCAAGCAGAGUCUCGCUGACUGUUACGCUCAGCAACCAGAGUCCACACCGAUGCUUCUGGGCUUGUCGGACCAGGAGAACGUCCAUCACGGUCAGACAAACUCGCCUCUUGUUCUGCUCGUCCCGGCCGGAAAGCUGCCGAACAUGUCUGCCAGCCCAGAUGCUUUGGUGUGCAAACCUGAAAACAAGAUGCUCAACAGGACGCUGUCUCCCAUCGGGACCCCGGAGAUGUUUAAGAAGCUCAUGCCACGCAUUCAGACAGACAGCCCGCUCUCUGCUGCUGUAAAGUCUGAUCACGCCGACAGCGGGUUAACCGGAGCCCCGGUUUUAUCUUUGAAAGAUGCACUGGCCCUCAUCGACUCUGAUCUGAGCCAGCUGAGCACCAGUCCUCGAGACACGAGUUCCAGCUGCAGCUUUUCAGACUCGCUGGAAUCAAAGAGCCGUGGAGCCGACACGAAAGUCUUCAAAGCUUUACCUGACAGCCCACAGGGGUCCGACUCUGCUGAGCCCAGACUCACUUUCUUUGUCAGCAAAAAGGUCGCCGCAAGUGAGGAUUCAGAGGCGGAUAAUACGACAGAACGGGUGAAAAAAUCGUCUUUCACCUCCGCCACAGUGAUCAAGAGCAAAGCCCCGGUGGAGGCAAACCUCUCCAGUGGAAGGAAAAUAAAGAAGUCGAGGCGAAGGCUCUUGGAGAAAACACUGGAGUUAUCUGAAGGCAGCAGCUGUGAGUCUGGACCACCGGGAACCCCCAACCUUCCCGUCAUCCACCUGGACGCACAAACCAAAGGAUGGCCCAACUCUGAGCUGAGCCAACAGCUCAGAAGCUCACCUUCACCCAUCACCUUCCCCAUCACCUCCCCUCCAUCCAUGCUCCCUGCUCGUUUCUCCUUCUCAGCCGCUUCCCCACCUCCUCCUGCAUCCAUCUCCUUCACCAUCAGCUCUCCGUCACCUCUGAGCUCAUCCUCCCCUCUACACCACCACCACGCGUCUCCCACCGUCUCGGCGCCUCCGUCCGUCGAGGAGGACUUGUUUCCCGUGCAGGUGGCGUCGAAGAGCAAGAAGAGGAAGAGCGAAGAGUAUCUGAAAAGUGACGUGAAGAUUGAGGUUGCAGGAAAGGCGGAGCAGGUGAAAAGGAGCAGGGUGGCAGCUGGACGAGCCGAGCCCCCGAGAUCAGUCCAGGAGAGGAGGAGCGCUUCACAGAGGCAGCCGCACAAAACGGCAGGCCCGGUGCGAGCAAUGACGACAUCAUCUCUGAAGACUGUGAGAUCAGUAGUUCCCGCUCAGCCAAAGCAGUCAAGCUCAAAACUCUCCUCACGAGGAGUCCGGACUCUGAAGUCAGCAGGCGCUUCGUCCGCCAAGACGAAGAGUGUCGUAGCUGUGGCGCAGUCCAAGCUAACCUUUAUUAAGCCGACACAAACAGCCAUACCGAGACACCCAAUGCCGUUCGCUGCCAAGAACAUGUUCUACGACGAGCGGUGGAUCGAGAAGCAGGAGAGAGGAUUCACAUGGUGGAUCAACCACGUACUCACGCCGGACGACUUCAAAGUCAACACGGAAGUUGCUAAAAUGAACGCUGUGUCCCUCGCCAUGGGCAGCGGUAAUGAUAAGUACAACGUUCCCAAAGCUCCCACCAAAGAGGAGAUGUCUUUCAGCACGUACACGGCGCGGCGGAAGCUGAACCGCCUCCGCCGCUCCGCCUGCCAGCUGUUCACCUCGGAGCCCAUGGUCAAGGCCAUCCAGAGGCUGGAGCUGGAGGUGGAGGCCAAGAGGCUGCUGGUCCGCAAAGACCGCCAUCUCUGGAAGGACAUAGGUGAACGGCGAAAAGUCCUCGACUGGCUUCUCUCAUACAACCUGCUGUGGCUACGGAUCGGGCUCGAGACGAUCUUCGGGGAGUUGAUCUCGCUGGAGAGCAACAGUGACGCUGUGGGUCUGGCCAUGUUCGUCCUCCAGCGGCUGCUCUGGAACCCGGACAUCGCCGCUGAGUACAGACACGCCAAAGUGCCUCACCUGUACAGAGACGGCCACGAGGAGGCGCUGUCUCGCUUCACGCUGAAGAAGCUGCUCCUGCUGGUGUGUUUCCUGGACAAAGCCAAAGAGUCACGGCUGAUCGAGCACGACCCCUGUCUGUUCUGCCUGGACGCAGAGUUCAAGACGAGUAAAGACCUGCUCCUCGCCUUCUCCAGGGACUUCCUCAGCGGCGAGGGGAUCCUCUCACGGCACCUCGGCCUCCUGGGGUUACCCGUCUCCCACGUCCAGACGCCCCUGGACGAGUUCAACUUUGCCGUGAAGAAUCUGGCAGUGGACUUGAGAUGCGGCAUUCGUCUUGUACGUGUGAUGGAGCUCCUCGUCCACGACUGGAGUUUUUCCGCAAAGCUGCGCCUGCCCGCCAUCAGCCGGCUGCAGAAGGUCCACAACGUGGACGUGGCUCUGCAAGUGCUGAAGAGCAAAGGCGUCGACCUCAAGGAUGAGCACGGCUCCAACAUUGAUUCCAGAGACGUUGUUGAUGGACACAGAGAGAAGACUCUGAGCCUCCUGUGGAAAAUCAUCUUCGCAUUUCAAGUGGAGGUGAUUCUGGAGGAGGAUCAGCUGAGGGAGGAAAUCAGCUUCCUGAAAAGAACGCUGAGUACCAAACGGAGGCUGGCGUCACUGCGGGCGGAUCGGGGCCUUCAGCUGAGUCCUGCCAAGACCAGGAGGCCCUACGAACACAGCAGCACCAAGAUCACCCUGCUGAUGGACUGGACCCGCACCGUCUGUGACUAUUACAGCCUCAAGGUGGAGAACUUCACGGUGGCGUUCUCGGACGGCCGCGUCCUCUGCUACCUGAUCCACCACUACCACCCCGGCCUGCUGCCAGAGAGCGCCGUCAGCCACAGCACCACCCAGACCGUGGAGUGCUCGCCGAGGGGCCGACUGGAGCUCGACUGCUCCGACAGCGACUCCGACGGCUCCUUCCACUCAUCGCCGCCCGGCCUACACGGCGAAGAUUCCCCGUCAGUGAAAUUCAAAGAGCUGCUGGAGAACGAGAAAAACAACUUCAGACUGGUCAACACGGCGGUGUCCUUCCUGGGCGGAGUGCCCGCCAUGAUCAACCCAGCUGACAUGUCCAACACCAUCCCCAACGAGAAGGUGGUGAUGUCUUACCUGUCCUUCCUCUGCGCUCGUCUGCUGGACCUGCGGAACGAAACCAGAGCGGCUCGAGUCAUCCAGGGCGCCUGGAGGAAAUACAGGCUGAAGAAAGAUCUGCAGCUCUACAAGGAAAGAAACAUGGCUGCUCUGAAAAUCCAGUCUCUUGUGAGGACAUUUCUCCAGAAGCGCAGAGCUCGGAGGCAGAAUCACGCCGCCGCUGUCAUCCAGUCCGUCUGGAGGGGUUACAUCGCCCGCAACAGGCUGAGGCUGCAGAAACAGGCUCAGCUCCGGGCUCUGCAGCAUGAAGCCGCAACUCUCAUACAGGCUCAGUGGAGGAUGAUUUCAGCCACGAGAGAUUUCCAACGCCUCAGAUACUACGCCAUUGUUAUCCAGGCACAGUGGCGGAUGAGACGGGCCGCGGCUGCUUACGGAAGGAUCUGCUGGGCAGCAGCUGUCAUUCAGAAGCACUCACGAGCACGGGCUCUGGCGAGGAGAGAUCGCGAACAUUAUCUCGCUUUUAGAACCGCAGUGGUGAAAAUCCAGAGAGGGUACAGGAGAUGGAAAGCCCAGAAGACGGAGAAGGAAAACAGGGCCGCCAAAGUGAUACAAGCUGUGUUUAAGAAGUGGUUUGAGCAGAAAGUGGCUGAAAGAACCGCCGCUGCCAUAAAGAUUCAGUCUUGGUACAGGAUGCACAGGCGUCAACAUCAAUAUAGAAAAAUCAAGAGGAGCAUCGUGCUCAUUCAAGCCCAGUUCAGAGGUCGUGCUCAGAGGCGCUGCUUCCACACGCUGAAACUGCAGCACCGCUCGGCCGUGGUCAUCCAGAGCGCCUUCAGAGGGCACGCCGUCAGAAAACAGGUGGCGGAGAUGAGAGGCGCUGCAGUGGUAAUCCAGCGCUGGUUCAGGGCCUCUGUGAAAAGAGACACAGAGAGGCAAAUGUUUGUGAGGCUGAAAUGCGCCGCCAUCACCACGCAGGCGGCUUAUCGCGGGAAAGUGGCGCGAGAGUUGCUGAAAAAACAGCGGCAGGCAGCCACGGUAAUCCAGGCAGCUUUCAGGAAGUAUGCUGCCCAAAGGCGCUACCUCGCCCUGAGAAAAGCUGCGAGCGUGAUCCAGCAAAAGUACAGAGCCACGGUUUUGGCUCGCGAGGCGAAGAAGGACUACGAGGCUCUCAGGAAAGCUGCACUUGCCGUACAAGCUCACUGGAGAGGCCGAGCCGACAGGACGAGGAUGAAGAAGCGGCAUCAGUGUGCAACUCUGAUUCAGGCGCUCUACCGUAAACACAGAGCACAAGCAGAGUACAGGUCCAAGAAGGCCUGUGCUGUGGUUCUACAGCGCCACUACAGAGCUCACGUGGCUGGAAAAGAGGCGAGGGUAGCGUACCUGCACACAAGAGCAGCCUGCGUUACUCUGCAAGCUGCAUUCAGAGGCAUGAGAGUCCGAGCAGAGCUGAGGAGAAAUCGCCGUGCAGCGACUGUCAUCCAGUCUUCGGUCAGGAUGUUUUUAUGUAGAAAACGAUAUCUCCUCCUACAAAGUGCGGCGAUUAUCAUCCAAAGCAGAUACAGAGCUCUUCAGGUCUGCAGGGAGCAGCAGAAAGAAUACAGAGAGCUAAAGCAGGCCACCAUAAAGAUACAAGCGGCCUACCGGGGACUGAGAGUGAGAGGAGAUCUGAAGAAGAAGCACGAAGCAGCCACGGCGAUCCAAGCUCAGUUCAGGAUGCACAGGACACGUAUGGCUUACCUUGCCACCAAGUGUGCCGCAAUCAUUCUUCAGGAGCACUACAGGGCCAAAAUGCUCCGGGAUCAACAGAUGAAAAGGUAUAAGAUGAUGAAAUCUGCAGCUGUGGUCAUCCAGGCAGCAUAUCGUGGCCACAGGGUCAGGAGGGAGGUCGCAGACAUGCACCGAGCUGCUACGAUCAUUCAGAGAAAGUUCAGCGCCGUUAAAGAUAGAAACAGGUUCCUAGCUCUCAGGGCAGCCGCCUCGGUUUGUCAGCAGAGGUUCAGAGCAGCAACUCUGGCAAGAAAAGACCGCUUGGACUACCUGUCGAAGCGCAGGGCCAUCAUCUGUCUGCAGGCCGCCUAUCGAGGAUGUGAGGUCAGAAAGCGGCUGCGUGUCCAGCACAGGGCCGCUGUGACAAUCCAGUCUCACUUCCGAAAGUAUCAGCGGAGAACCUACUACGAGGCGCUCCGCAGGGCUGCCAGGGUUCUGCAAGCACGUUACAGAGCAAACAAGAAAAUGAGAGUUGAGAUGCAAGCCCUGAGUACCAAGAGGAGCGCUGCUGUUGUCUUACAAGCUGCAUUCAGAGGAAUGAAGUCAAGGAAAACUAUCAAACAAAGACAUCAUGCUGCCAGUGUUCUCCAGAGAGCUUACAGAGCCCACUGUGAGCACAAACACUAUCUGACCUUGAAGUCCUCCGUCCUCCUCAUUCAGCGGAGGUACCGGGCCACUGUGGCUGCAAAGGAACAAAUGCAAGAAUACCAAAAAAUGCGCAAAGCUGCAGUUCUGCUUCAGGCAGCGUACAGAGGUCAGCAGGUCAGAAAGGAGGUUGCUGGUUGGCAUCAGGCUGCCACUGUGAUCCAGUCUGCAUUCAGAAAACACAGAGAGGAAGUCAAGUUCAAGGCCAUGCGUCUGUCUGCCAUCAUCAUCCAGAGAUACUAUCGCUCCUGUGUUCUGCAGAGGCAAGAAAGAGAAAAGUUCCUGAAAAUGAGACGUUCUGCAGUCGUUCUUCAGGCAGCUUUCAGAGGUCGUCGUGUGCGAAGCCGCAUCACCAAGAUGCACAGGGCAGCUGCUGUCAUUCAGGCAAACUUCAGGAGGCACAAACAGCAGUCAGCCUUCAGGAAACAGCGCUGGGCAGCCUGUGUCUUACAGCAGAGGUUUAGAGCUCAGAGACAGAGAAACACUGACAAAAAACAUUAUCAAAACUGCAGAAAAGCUGCAGUCGUGUUACAGGCUGCAUAUCGAGGAAUGAAAUCCAGAAAAGUCCUCAAACAAAGACAUCAUGCUGCCAGUGUUCUCCAGAGAGCUUACAGAGCCCACUGUGAGCACAAACAGUAUCUGACCUUGAAGUCCUCCGUCCUCCUCAUUCAGCGGAGGUACCGGGCCACUGUGGCUGCAAAGGAACAAAUGCAAGAAUACCAAAAAAUGCGCAAAGCUGCAGUUCUGCUUCAGGCAGCGUACAGAGGUCAGCAGGUCAGAAAGGAGGUUGCUGGUUGGCAUCAGGCUGCCACUGUGAUCCAGUCUGCAUUCAGAAAACACAGAGAGGAAGUCAAGUUCAAGGCCAUGCGUCUGUCUGCCAUCAUCAUCCAGAGAUACUAUCGCUCCUGUGUUCUGCAGAGGCAAGAAAGAGAAAAGUUCCUGAAGAUAAAGCAAUCCACCAUCACGCUUCAGGCAGCUUUCAGAGGUCGUCGUGUGCGAAGCCGCAUCACCAAGAUGCACAGGGCAGCUGCUGUCAUUCAGGCAAACUUCAGGAGGCACAAACAGCAGUCAGCCUUCAGGAAACAGCGCUGGGCAGCCUGUGUCUUACAGCAGAGGUUUAGAGCUCAGAGACAGAGAAACUUUGAAGCAAAACAUUAUCAGGAGGUUAGGGAAGCUGUCAUUAAUCUACAAGCCGCCUUCCGUGGAAUGAAAUCCAGAAAAGUCCUCAAACAAAGACAUCAUGCUGCCAGUGUUCUCCAGAGAGCUUACAGAGCCCACUGUGAGCACAAACACUAUCUGACCUUGAAGUCCUCCGUCCUCCUCAUUCAGCGGAGGUACCGGGCCACUGUGGCUGCAAAGGAACAAAUGCAAAAAUACCAAAAAAUGCGCAAAGCUGCAGUCCUGAUUCAAACUACUUACAGAGGUCAGCAGGUCAGAAAGGAGGUUGCUGGUUGGCAUCAGGCUGCCACUGUGAUCCAGUCUGCAUUCAGAAAACACAGAGAGGAAGUCAAGUUCAAGGCCAUGCGUCUGUCUGCCGUCAUCAUCCAGAGAUACUAUCGCUCCUGUGUUCUGCAGAGGCAAGAAAGAGAAAAGUUCCUGAAAAUGAGACGUUCUGCAGUCGUUCUUCAAGCAGCUUUCAGAGGUCGUCGUGUACGAAGCCGCAUCACCAAGAUGCACAGGGCAGCUGCUGUCAUUCAGGCAAACUUCAGGAGGCACAAACAGCAGUCAGCCUUCAGGAAACAGCGCUGGGCAGCCUGUGUCUUACAGCAGAGGUUUAGAGCUCAGAGACAGAGAAACUCUGAAGCAAAACAUUAUCAAAACUGCAGAAAAGCUGCAGUCGUGUUACAGGCUGCAUAUCGAGGAAUGAAAUCCAGAAGAAUUGUUAAACAAAGACAUCAUGCUGCCAGUGUUCUCCAGAGAGCUUACAGAGCCCACUGUGAGCACAAACACUAUCUGACCUUAAAAUCCUCCGUCCUCCUCAUUCAGCGGAGGUACCGGGCCACUGUGGCUGCAAAGGAACAAAUGCAAAAAUACCAAAAAAUGCGCAAAGCAGCAGUCCUGAUUCAGACUGCUUUCAGAGGUCAGCAGGUCAGAAAGGAGGUCGCUGGUUGGCAUCAAGCUGCCACUGUGAUCCAGUCUGCAUUCAGAAAACACAGAGAGGAAGUCAAGUUCAAGGCCAUGCGUCUGUCUGCCGUCAUCAUCCAGAGAUACUAUCGCUCCUGUGUUCUGCAGAGGCAAGAAAGAGAAAAGUUCCUGAAGAUAAAGCAAUCCACCAUCACGCUUCAGGCAGCUUUCAGAGGUCGUCGUUUGCGAAGCCGCAUCACCAAGAUGCACAGGGCAGCUGCUGUCAUUCAGGCAAACUUCAGGAGGCACAAACAGCAGUCAGCCUUCAGGAAACAGCGCUGGGCAGCCUGUGUCUUACAGCAGAGGUUUAGAGCUCAGAGACAGAGAAACACUGACAUAAAACAUUAUCAAAACUGCAGAAAAGCUGCAGUUGUGUUACAGGCUGCAUAUCGAGGAAUGAAAUCCAGAAAAGUCCUCAAACAAAGACAUCAUGCUGCCAGUGUUCUCCAGAGAGCGUACAGAGGUUUCUCUGAACGCAAACAGUAUCUGAAAUUGAAAUCCUCGGUCCUCAUUAUCCAGCAAAAAUAUCGGGCUGCUGUUGCAGCUAAAGCACAAAGAACCAAAUACCUGGAAAUGCUCAGCGCAGCAGUCCUGCUUCAGGCAGCGUACAGAGGUCAGCAGGUCAGAAAGGAGGUCGCUGGUUGGCAUCAGGCUGCCACUGUGAUCCAGUCUGCAUUCAGAAAACACAGAGAGGAAGUCAAGUUCAAGGCCAUGCGUCUAUCUGCCAUCAUCAUCCAGAGAUACUAUCGCUCCUGUGUUCUGCAGAAGCAAGAAAGAGAAAAGUUCCUGAAGAUAAAGCAAUCCACCAUCACGCUUCAGGCAGCGCUCAGAGGCUGGUCCAUCAGGACGGACAUUAACCGACAAAAUCGAGCUGCCAUUGUGAUCCAGUCGUGCUGGAGAUGCUCCGUGCAGAGGCGAACCUUCCAGAGGAAGAGGGAGGCGGCUGUCAAAGUCCAGCGUUGGGUCCGAGCAGCACGGCUCUGCAGGCUGGAGAGGAACAACUACAGCAGGACGAGGGAAGCCGCCGUCACACUGCAGACACACUGCAGAGCGUGGAUCGCACGACGGCGGGUGCGAGAGCGAGCCGAAGCAGAGAGGAGGCUUCGCUUCACGGCGGCGGCUUUCCACCAUCUCAGCGCCGUCAAGAUCCAGCGAGCUCUGAGAGCGCACUGGGCUCUGGAGUCUGCCAAAAGACAAAUCCACUCUGUCAUCACAGUGCAGCGGUGGGUGAGAGCGAGGCAGCAGAGGAGACGGUAUCUGGAGGACAGGAGAAAGGUGGUUCUAGCCCAGGCGGCGGUGAAGCGCUGGUUAGCUCGGCGCCACGCGGCGGCGUCCGUCAUCCAGCAGGCCGUCCGCAGAUUCCUCCUCCUCAGGCGGCAGAAGAGGAUUCAACAGGGCAUUGUCAAAGCUCAGGCUCUCUGGAGAGGACACCGCUCCCGGCUACUGAAUGACAAUGCCAAGGUGGUGAAGCUGAGACGGCGCCUACGCGAGGUCUCUGCCGGCAUCCGAGAGGAGGACAAACUGUGCAACAAGACGUCGUCCGCCCUCGACUACCUGCUGCGAUACAAACACUUCUCCUACAUCCUGGAGGCCCUGAGGAACCUCGAGACCGCCACCAGGCUGUCCCCGGAGUGCUGCGAGCGGCUGGUGGAGAGCGGCGCCACCAACAUCAUCUUCACACUCAUCCGCUGCUGCAACCGGAGCGUCCCCUGCAUGGACGUCAUCACCUACUCCGUCCAGAUCCUCCUCAACCUCUCCAAGUACCACAAGACCACCGAGGCGGUGUAUUUGGUGGAGAACUCCGUGGAGACGCUGCUGGACCUGCUGCAGAGAUACCGGGAGAAAGCGGGGGACAAAGUGGCAGAAAAGGGCGGCAGCAUCUUCACCAAAGCCUGCUUCCUCCUCGCUCUCCUCCUGCAAGACAAGCACCGCGCAGUGGAGGUUAUGAAGCUACCCAAAGUGUGUGACAGGAUACGCAGUAUUUACCGCCUCACGGUCCGAAAAAACAAGAUGGAUGCAGAAAGAAGCAUCAUGAAACAGAAGAUGAAUGCAUCGAUCAACGGGAGCUUCCUUGUUCCAGCAACACCUCGUAAAUCCCGCCCAGCGCCAAAAUUUGCACCAGAUUGGGUUCUGAGGAAGGACCGGCUCCGGGAUGUUGUUGACCCAUUCAGGGCCAUACAAAUGCUGGCAAACACACUGUCCAUUGUAUUGUAAGAUGUAAAAUUAAAAACCUGAUUCUUCAUCUUGUUUUUUAAAAUAUUGUUUUAUGUAUUUUUACUGUUUUUGAAAUGAGUUCCAUGUUUGUUUUUCAUGUACAUAUUAAAAUGGAAUUUUUUUUUAAGCAUGGGCCAGUUUUCACGUCUUUUAAUGCAUUUUUUUAAUUUAUUUUUUUGCUCAAAAUGAAGCUGAUCAGGUGUGUGUGCGUGUGUGUGUGUGUGUGACGUUCACUACUGUGACUACUUGAUCUACAGAGACAGAGGAAAGCUCAGAAAGCAAAUCAUUUUAUACAUGAGUCAAAAAAAGAAAUAGUAGUGUGUGUGUUCUUCGGUUUCUGUAUCUACAUUUUUCACGUCACUUGCUUUAUUUUAAUUUUAGAUUCCUAAAUUACACAGAAAUAACUUCAGCAUUCAAACUAUUAACUUUCAAGUCAUGAGUUUAUAAAAGAGAAUAUUAGACUUAUAUAUUGCGCUUUGUGCUCCCAUCUGAACCCCAACAAGCUAUUCUACUGCAAUAUAUAAAAUCUAUAUAAAUUCCUAAAGUAAAAGUCUUGCAGCUCUAUGGAAUCGGCACAAUAAUGGCUGGAAGUGGGAACAACUCAAAAACGUCUUUAGUGUGGAAUGACACCGUUAUGACAUAAAUCAUAAAAAAUGAAGAAAAUGUUUUUCUCCAUAUAUUAUUUUCAAACAAAUUGGAAUUUAUACAUAAACAUUUUUCCAAAUGCCCACAAGUGUCAUGAAUAUCGCGGGGAAAAAAUGGGUCUCCACAUAUUGUACAUAUUCAAGUAUCAUGUUUCCAGCCUCUCCUGUCCUGUCCUCUCUGCUCUAUGUAAACAGCCUCUCCUGUCCUCUCCUCUCAGCUCUGUGUAAACAGAUUUUCUUCUUUCUCAUUUCUUUAAAUGACACAUGUAGA